CUUUCUACGGUAAAACAUGGCGCCGCGCAGCUAAGCUUGGUGAGCAGCUCCCCGUGGAGCUGAGGCACAGUGAGGGGAGGACUUUCACACUACGAUGGCCACGCAGGGAGGCAUCGUGUUCCAGGAGAAGGUCAGCAGACUGCUCCGCGGACAGAACGGAAAACCAGUGCUCAAACCCAACAGGGCUCUGGUUCUGAAAGACGCUGUAGCGAACCGAAAACCCAAGAAAGGGGAGGCCUCUUGUAUCACUGAAAUGUCAGUCCUGAUGGCCUGUUGGAAGCAGAACAACUUUGUGGACACUCUGUGCUCUAAUGAGAUUAACAGCUUUUAUAUGUGUGUGGAAAAGGCUCAGGCUGAUGCGAAGAAUAAAGCUGGACAGAGCAACAUCCAGGGAGGACGUCUGCCACCAAAGCAAGCCACGGCGCUUCUGAAGAGAUAUCCCAACCUGUGCAAAGAGAUCUGAUACACAAACAUUUUAAUGCUCUUCUUGUACAGCUUUGGACUAGGACGCUCUCGGAGAUGAAUUUGGAUUAUGUCCUGGUGUGUCGAGCUGCCAGUUGCCAAACAAAUAAUGAAAUAAAACAAAUGAGUGGAAUAUUGAAAAGGGUGAUUGUUGCUUUUACCCAUUACUGUAAGGUUCCUUCAUACCUCUGACUGGUAGUUUGUAAUGUGCACUUGUGUUCUUGUCUUAUUUUAAAACAAGUUUUAAAAUAUAAAGGAACUGUUUCAUGUCCUGAA